AUGGUCCGACUCCGACUUGUGGUGUUGGAGAUUCAGUUACGCUGGGGGAAAGUGAUCGAGCUGGAAGGAAAUCGAACUUCGCUUCUUCAAAAAGAACUGGCUCGCCAAACUGCUAAUGACACUCUUCGUCGCGAGUUCGCUCGACUCUCUGAUGAAUCCAACUCUUGGAUAGAAUUCCAGCAAGCCGCUGUAAACUCUGUUAGCCUGAAGGGCACUGGUAGUCUUGAGGAGCUACUCAAACAGCUGCUUGAUAUUGAGAAUAUUGUUAUCAAAAACCGUGAUCAGUUGGACAAGCUUGAACAAUGUGACCAGGUAGGAGGCUACUCCUAA